CGAAGAAGUGACGUCAGACCGAAGGCUGGACUAUAAUGGCGACCGUCAUGAGAUUUGUGAACAGAAGCACUUUAAACUUAGCUAUGGGUCAGCAGCACCUGGCGUUUCACUCCGCAGCAAAGGCUGGCCUAAGAGCAGGUCAAGCACUUCCUGAAAAGGUGAAAAUAGUGGAGGUGGGACCAAGAGAUGGUCUUCAGAAUGAGAAGACUAUCGUGCCAACAGAGACGAAAAUCCAUUUGAUUGACAUGCUGUCAGACUCAGGGCUGAAAGCCAUUGAGGCCACCAGCUUUGUAUCACCAAAAUGGGUUCCACAGAUGGCAGACCAGUUGGAAGUGAUGAAGGGGAUUCGUAGGAAACCUGGAGUGUCUUACCCAGUCCUCACCCCCAACCUCAAGGGCUUCCAGGCUGCUUUGAAGGCAGGAGCUUCAGAGGUGGCCAUAUUUGGCGCCGCAUCCGAGCUCUUCAGUAAGAAGAACAUAAACUGCUCAGUGGAUGAGAGUUUACAGCGCUUUGACGAGGUUAUGAAGGCAGCUAAAGAGGCUGGUGUGCCAGUUAGAGGUUAUGUGUCAUGUGUUCUUGGAUGCCCUUAUGAAGGGGAAGUGGCACCUGAAAAAGUUGCACAUGUAGCUAAGCGUUUGUACUCCAUGGGCUGCUAUGAGAUUUCCCUAGGUGACACCAUCGGAGUGGGCAACCCAGGUAGCAUGAGUGAAAUGCUGCAGGCAGUGAGCAGAGAGGUGCCAGUCAGUGCCCUGGCAGUGCACUGCCACGAUACCUACGGCCAGGCCCUCGCUAAUAUCCUGGUAGCCUUGCAGAUGGGUAUCAGUGUGGUAGACUCAUCAAUAGCUGGACUGGGUGGCUGUCCCUACGCCCAGGGUGCCUCUGGGAAUGUCGCUACUGAAGAUGUAGUCUAUAUGCUUCAUGGACUUGGGAUUCAAACAGGAGUUGACCUCUCCAAGCUGAUGGAUGCUGGAGCUUUCAUCUGUCGGACCAUCAACAGGAAAACAAACUCCAAAGUGGCACAGGCCACCUGCAAACUGUAGGCAGAAGCCAAAGCACGGGCUCUUUCCCUCACUGUAUAUCUUUUCAACCACAUAAACCUUCCUCUUAACUAAUUUUUGGUUUGCUUGUAUGAAAAUAUUACUUCAAUUAAUUGGGAGAUCCUGACACUUCCCUCUGUUAAAAACAGAAUAUUUGAUUGCACAUUUACUGUAUGAUAGCACAGCUGCAACAGUGCCUUAUGUAAAAUCAGUCUAGUCAUACCGAUCCGUUCUGUCAAAAGUCAUGCCUUCCUUUUUUUUCUUUUGUACUGUGUGCUUAAAUUUCUUUCUGGGCAGUGGGUAAAUCAAAGAGGAGCAAAUAAUAAGUCUACCAGUAAAAAUGUCCCAGGGAUGGAUAAACUCACUUUUGAUGUCAGCAAAGACAGAAGUGCUGUUUUGAUUUUGAUCACUGUCUUGAAAUUAUCUGUGGAAACCAUCAGAACUUAUGAACUUGGGCAUUGUGCUGACUUGUGAAAGAAAUUAUGAAUGUGACCUAAUUUUUUUUAUUUUUCAUAAGUAGAAUUUCUAGUUUUAGUAUGUUUUUAAGUAUUUAUUUUCAAAUGUCUUCAUAUUCAAAAUGUACAUAUCAAGCUAGAUUGUGAUUUUAGAAAAUAAACACUAUU